GUAUUCAGUUCGCAGACAGCGCUCAAGGCAAUAACGCAUUCUUACCAAACUUUUUAUAUAUUCGAUACAACGAUAAACUUUGCUUUACCUAACAGUACACAGAUUUUAAUUACAUACAAACCUCAAACUAUUAUUACAUAAAAUGCCAAAAAAGUACGACCCAAACGCUUUGUGGGUGGUACUGAGUGAAAAUAAUGAUGGUAAUCUGUUCAACGUCUAUCCCAAGCUGUUGGCCGAGAUACUCCUUCAAGAAGAUGCAGCACGUCAGGGAGGUGAUUCCAGCGAGGCUGAGCGUCUCGUUCUCCCGAGCGACAAAGAUUGGAGACUCACACAAUAUUUCAAUCUGGUGGCUAUGCAAAAGACUUUGGACACUCAGGAAGGAGAUGAGGUCAAAACGGUCGAAAAAACGGAGGAGGUGGUCGAGGAGUGGGCGCCUUGGAACCUGGUUCUGGUUACUAAAAACCCUAAUGCCCCACCACCAGUUAAUAUAAAGGCUGCUCCCGGACCCGCUUGGGAUAUUGGACAGGUGCUGAAAGCAGCAAAACUUCUCUGCAAGCCGCCCCUUGAUGUGAACUUCGCGGACGAACAGGAAAUGAGAUGCGUAUAUUCUCUUAUCUACGACGUAUUCCGCUACAAAUCAAUAUUGGAUCAGGCGAUUGAAGACACCGAUUUUUUCGGAGAUUAUCCACAGCUCUCCGAUCACCGCCAUUCAACGUGGUUGUUUCUGAUGGAGUUGGCUAGGAGACAAUGGGUCGCUCGGUCGAGGGGUGACGCUGAUAGAGCAACCAGACUCCUCAAUGAAGCCGGCUUCCCUUUCAAAGACGUUGAAUCAGCUGUGUGGGAUCAGCGAGUACACUUCGCCGCAGCGAUUGCUAGAAUAAGGAUAAAAAAUAGAGCUUUCUCUCUCUCGGCACUUCUGCCUCCUCAUCUGCGCGAGGAAAGAAUAUCCGCAUGCGUAAACAAAGACCUCGUCACAGGCUGGGUGAAUACAUUUAAAGCGAAAAAAAUUGCAGCGCUGGUCGAGAGAUUGCAUGAGUUGGGAUACUCGUAUAGCAAUUCACGUCAACUUUGCGCUGGUGAAUACAGAUUUGACAGAGUCUGUCCGCGGUUUAUAACCUUGAGACCACCACAGAAUGUUAGCAUCGGUCAGUUGGAUCUAGUUAAAGAGGGUAUUAUAGUUCUGCAGGAGCGAGAGUUCUGUGAGGGAGCGUCGACUCUGUGUCGCGCACUGCGCGCUAACUCUCUCAGAGGAGUGGUUGCGCAGACGCACGCCUCUUCCCCGCGGUGCUCGGCCUAUCUCGCUGCACAGCUAAGGGAACUGGCGGCUGUGCUGAGAGCACAAGCACCGCCGGCACCAGCUACACCGGAACUGGGCAAGCUGGUGGUUUUUGGUGCUGGGGAUAAAGUGAAGAGCUACGUUUGUGCGCUGCGGGACUUGGGUAUAGAAGCAUCAGAGCUGCCUCAGUCGAGUGCUUCGGUAUGCGUGCUGAGUGACCCCGUACACUUUGACAACCCUAAAGUGGCGAGCGCCUUGGAUGGCGUGGUGGCAGCCCUGGCCACACCACCGAACUCCUACUCUGCGGUUACCGAUCCCAUAGACUUAGUCUGCGGUAGAGGUGGCGACCUGGCCAUGCUAGAGAUAUUAACCGAGUCUGAAAUAGAUUCGAACGGAAAGGCUCGAGUUCAAUCGAUACUGGAAGAGCAAAAGAAAACUUUGAAGACGCUCAUGUCUAAACCUCAGAUUCAACUUAUUCUAUACGAGACGCACUCAGCGUUAGAAGCAGAGAAUCAGGCUCAGGUGACGCGAGCCGUGGCCGAGGCCAACAGGCUAGCGCGCGAGAGACACGCACUACUCAAGAAGAAACAUAAAGAGCACGUGGUCCAUAAGCCUAAGGAGCCAGUGGAAGCAGCUAUAACAGAAUCAUGUUCGUCGCUAGACCAAACAGCAUCACGAUCAGACCUCGAUAGGGAAGAACAGGACGAUGAAUAUUCCACGAGCCGUUCCCAGAAGAGGCCAAUGUCUUCCCCGCCUACAACAGCAAGAACCAAAUCGGAUAGCGGAGAGACCGUCCUGAAGAAGAGAGCAGAGAGCGCCGACGUCGGUUGGAGAUCAGGGCCUAUGAAAUCAAGACCCAUACCAGAAAUGCAAGUCCCUGAAGACGAAGUGGUCCCCAGGGAUCCGGACAAAGAUAGCCCUAAUAUUUAUGUUCCAGAUGGGGAUCUAUUUGAAAUACAAACCUUACCGAAUAUUGGUAAUGGUUUGGAUAUUAACUACAUUCUGGAUAGAGAUGGUUGCUAUUUGGGACUCAUCCAAAGGAAGGAGAUCACACGUCUGGACGCCAAGUAUAUGAUUCGCGUGGCGGAGGAGCGCGGUCUGUUCGGAGCUGCGCCAGCGCCGAGACGAAGACGGCCCGAGCCACCCCCACAAACCACACGAGUUAGGAGACGGAAGAAUAACACGUUUGAGGUGGGGCGUGUUUCGGCGCCGACCUAUGCAUCAAUGUCUCGCUCUCGCCGCAGUUCAGCGCCAGCGUGUGUGGUGGAGGAGUGCCCUGUGAGGGUCUGCUCCAGACACGCUCGGAGACACGCAGCCGCCACAGCAUUUACAGCUGCCUCCUGCACUUGUGACGCCAGGCACAAGAGUUAUAAGACACGUCGCGUCUCGGAUGUGACGUCAGUGCGCCCCCCCUCUCCGCCGUGCAGACAGCCCUUCCCCCUCGCCGUCCACGACCUCCGCCUCAAGAUGAAACCACAAGACCUUCCAAUAUAAUAGACCCGCUCCAUCACAACGGAUCCUUAAGAUCGCAGGCCACACAGCCGUCGCUAUUGGUUUUUUGAUACCCGUUUACUCGGCGAACGUGGAAUUUUCGAUUGUUCUACAAGAUUUGAUUUAAGACACCUAUACAUAUAUUUUUUAUAUAGUGUGCGUCGUGUUAACGGCUAGUAAAUUUAUUCGCAAACGAAUAGUCUGUUUGAUGAUUUUCUUUUUGUUGCCGAUUUAGGAACUAAUCGAUAUAAAUUGAGUUAAUUUAGAAACUGUGAAAUACUAUUAAGCCAUAGUAAAUAUCGUCAAAGCAUACUUUUGAUAUUUAGAUAUAGAAAUCUGAAAACUAUCAAUAUAUCAUAACAUUGAAAACC